AUGGCCUUGCCUACACCGAAAAUCGUACCCAAGGCCUCUGCGCUCUUCUUGCCGUACGAGAUCGAACUCUACCAACGCUGGCGCAAGUCCGCCUUUGGUAUCGCUGUUGAAAACGAUGACGAUGUCCUCCUACCCACCGCGUUUGAGUACAUGGACUUCAUGGAGUGGCGCGCCAGACAGUGCUCGAAACUCGACGGGACUCAAGAAGCGGAGAGGAAGUCUCCAGAUCCAUCAUUUUCGGGAUAUGUAUUAGCGGAGCGAUGUGGACACCCUCUACAUCCUGGAGAUCCACGUCCAGAUGCUCUAAGACAACCAAAGGACGAAAUAGAGGAGGAAGGCGAGGAAGAAGGCGAGGAACAGGAUACGAUUGCUUGGUGUUCAAUGUGUCUUUUGCAGAUUCAUCUCAAGCUGCUUGCCGAGUUAUGGGAUAAGUGGUUGAACUCCGGCGGCCCGUGGCGUGUCUUACGUCCCGGCUCCACAGCGGAAGGCUGGCAGAUUGCCAAGCGAGCAUACUAUAUGCGGAAGACCAACCUAGUCAACGUUGUCGAUAACUUGGAGGAUGUCGCGCGAUUGGAAGAUACCUGGGAGGCUGCGCAUCCCGCUGCGGACGUGGAGGUCGUUCGUGCGUACAGCGCCAAGACGGCAGUGGAUGUGUAUGCGAAGGGUGUUCAGUUUCCUGCACGCGUAGCAGGACCGGAUGAAGUAGCUCCCCGAACACCAACAGGCAAGGAACGAAAAAAGCGCCUCUCGUACUCACCAGACACACCGGAGGAUACUCGUCAUCGCUCUAGUGCCGCUUUCGCUCGACGCUGCCUUGCCUACGACCCUGAGUCACCCCAUCGAUGUCCUGAAGAGGAUGGAUGGGCUGAGACAUCGUUCAAGAACAGCUGGGAGUACAAUGUACGGCAAUGUCGCACCCUGCUAUGCAACAAAUCGCCCAAUGAACCCGACGUCACUUACCGCGAACUCGCCGACGAAGCUUCAAAAGAUACCCUCAUCAACGGCAUCGAAGAGUGGCUCGGCAAAAUGCAAGAUGAUUGGAAGCAGCCCUGGGUUGACAUUUUGCUGGCUACAACCGAAAUGUUUCUUGUCUGGCAAGAUCCGCGUCACGACGAUGAUGCUGACACGGAUUUCAACAACUGGGACAGGACUGAGACACUCGUGGGCACCAACCUAGAAGCUUAUGCGCGGCAAAUUGGCGAUAUCGACGAGGAGGAUGAGACCGAGCUGGUACAAGCAGAGGUGACAGAGGACUUCUUCGACCAGGAUUCCGUUGCGUCUGACUCCGACUCCGACUCAGAUGAAGACGAAGACGAGCUCCCUGAUCCGAUGGAUCUAGAAGAGGACGAGGAAGUAGCCAUCAGUGUAGAUGAAUAG